UUCUGCAUGGGGACAGGGAGCACACAGGGUUCCCUCUGCCUCUUUUUCGGGUUUUGGUGGGGGUUUUUUUGUUUAGUUUUGCUUUGGUUUUGUUUGGUUUGUUGUUUCUUUUUUUCCCUCUCCCUCCAGUUCAUGAAAGGAUUUUCUACUUCUCUACCCACUUUCCCUGUUGAGGUGUCUGGGCGCUGGAGGUGGGUUUGUUGCCCCUUGGAAAAUGGCUUGCUGUUGGGAAUACAUCACGCUAUUCAUUUGGAAGAAUAUUCCUUAGAUGACAUGGACGUGCUUCCCGCAGCUUGAGGAAAAAAAGAACAAGUGGCUAUGUUUUGCAAACAUGAAGAUGAGUCUGAAUGUUGGAUUAAGAAAAAGAUUAAGAGAUGGCUUUGUGGAAAUCUUCCUCUCAGGACUUCAUUACUCUGUGCCCUCCUGUCAUUAUGGAAACCAACCAUCCACCUACGGGGUGAUGGCAGGCAUCAAACCUUCAACUCCAGAGAUGCUGUCGGCAAGUCUCUCCCAGACUCGCAUCCUACAGACGUGCAGCAUGCCCCAUCCCAAUGUGGUAAACAGUGUCAGCACCUUGCAAAGUAGCCUGACCCCUUGCCUUUAUAAAUUCCCGGAGCACGCCCUGAGUGCCAGCUCCUGUGCCCUGGGCCACGGCUUCGCUCCCAUGCACCAGUCCCUCCUCACAGACGAUGCCACUGCCACGGACUUCAAGCAGGAGUUCCGCAGGAAGGGCAAGUCCGUGGAAGACCCCGUCGACAUGGACUCCCCCGAGAUCAGGGAGCUGGAGAAAUUUGCCAACGAAUUCAAGCUGCGGAGGAUUAAGCUGGGUUACACACAAACCAACGUUGGAGAAGCGCUGGCUGCUGUGCACGGCUCUGAAUUCAGCCAAACCACCAUCUGCCGCUUUGAAAACUUGCAGCUGAGUUUCAAGAACGCCUGCAAACUGAAAUCCAUACUGUCCAAGUGGCUGGAGGAAGCAGAACAAGUAGGAGCUUUGUAUAAUGAAAAAGUUGGAGUGAAUGAGAGGAAGAGGAAGCGCAGAACCACCAUAAGUAUCGCUGCCAAAGAAGCCCUAGAGAGGCACUUUGGGGAACAAAGCAAACCUUCUUCUCAAGAAAUUAUGAGGAUGGCCGAGGGGCUCAACCUCGAGAAAGAAGUCGUAAGAGUUUGGUUUUGCAACAGGAGGCAAAGGGAAAAAAGAGUGAAGACGAGUUUGCACCAGAACACCUUCAGUUCCAUUAUCAAGGAGCACCACGAAGGCCGGUAAAGCUUUUCCAUGGACAGAUGUGGAUUUCUGUUUUGCUUUUUGUAAAUAUUGUAAAUGCUCUCUUGUUUAAAAAAAAAAAAAAAAAGAAAAAAGAAAAAAGAGAAAAAUUGGUAAACUGCUUGUUUCUCUCACAAGCUAGGCAGCUUCAGGUGUAGUGUGCUCUGGAGGGCCUAAUUUUAAAUCCCACAAUGCAUAUUUAAAGCCAUAAUUGCUGUCAUUACUUAUGGUAGGGCAAGUUUACUAGUACAGAGGUGUCAACACUGUUCCUGCUGUGUGCUCUGUCUCAGCAUAACAUUUGACUGCCUUCAAAGGGUAGCAAGCAGAAGUGUCUUUUUUAAUAUUUGUUAACCAAGUUAAUUCUUGAUAAUUUGUUAUGUGCCUUGAAGUUUGGUUUGGAUAAGCUUAGCUAUAAAAAUGGGAAUACAAUUUACCUUUUACCUUAAGACCUUGUGACCUGAGGGGGGGGGAAAAUAACUGUCAAGGGGCUUAUUACUUUGGGCUUUCUCUGUAUUGUACUUUUUUUCUGAUUAAAACCAUGUGUGGACAUACUUACACCAGAGAUAGUGUUUUAAGCUAAAAAGAACACUGAAAUAAGUAUCCAAACAAAGCAUUUAUUGCACUGCACAUUCCCACACUCUUAAAGCCCGCUAAUUGAAAAUAAUCCCAUAUUUGUCAUCCUCCAGCCUACAGAGAGAAUCUAGGGAAAAAAAUACCAGUGCCAGAGCUCCACCUAUCAGACAGGCACUGAGAAAACUCAAUUAAUGACUCUAGUACUCACCAGGGAUAGAUUAUCCAGCCAUCUCAUCAGCCCUGCUCAUUGUUAUUGGAAUUAGCCUGUUACCACAUAUGUGCUUUCGACUGUUUUCCCAGGACUGAAAUUAAGUGAGCACAUGUGAGUAGAACUGGCCACAUACGUUUUAUUUUUCCAUAAAACAGACCUGAUGAUUUAGAAAAUGUCUAGAUAAUAGGCCCACAGAAAGCAAAAGGAGUUUAAUGUUCGAGACCUCUUAGAAGCAGCCGUGUACAAGUUAAGUGCUCCCUCUCUAGUGUACAUUAAAUUACCUCUGACACUUAUUACAGUGACCACAGGCAUACUCAGCUAUGGAAAUCAGGCUCCUGGAUUUUUUU